AUGCUGCCCUUCUGUACCAUCGGCCUCCUCCUGCUGGCCACCACCAGAGGAAAAGAAACCUGCCUUGAACGUCUUGGCCCUUUUUCUGUUGACAAACUAUGCCCACUGAUUAUUGAAACCCAUUUGUCGAAGAAACGUCCCUUCUGUCCUGAGCGUAUUGAUACCCAGUUUUUCCUGUACACAAACGAAAAUCCGGACAAACAUGAACUGAUCACUAGCACUGAUGCAACCACCAUAGAGGCCUCAAAGUUCCAAUUCAACCGCAUGACACGCUUCAUCAUCCACGGCUUCUUAGACAAGGGAGGGAAGAAGUGGCUGUCAGACAUGUGCAAGAACAUGUUUAAGGUGGAGCAGGUGAACUGCAUCUGUGUGGACUGGAGGCGUGGGUCUCAGAUUCCGUCUUACCCCCAAGCGGUAUACAACACUCAGGUGGUGGGCGCCGAGAUCGCUCUUCUAGUCCAAGUGCUGACCGGUAUGGGGUACAACCCGGAGGACGUUCACCUCAUCGGCCACAGCCUGGGAGCGCACGUGGCGGCCGAGGCAGGCAAGAGGCUGAAUGGCAGCCUGGGCAGGAUCACAGGGCUGGAUCCAGCAGAGCCAUGUUUUAAGGACACACCUGAGGAGGUUCGACUGGACCCAUCAGAUGCCAUGUUUGUGGAUGUGAUUCACACAGAUAUUACUGGUACUUGGUUAGGGUGGGAUCGAUCAGCUAUUGAGAUCAUACCUGAGGAGGUUCAACUGGACGCACCUGAUGCCAGAUCCUUCCUAAUGAAUUUUGGAAUGAAGCAAAAACUGGGCCAUCUGGAUUUUUUUCCAAAUGGAGGAGUGAAUAUGCCAGGAUGUAAGAAAUGGCCCAUUUUAAGCUUCAUGGACCUAAAUCAAAUAUGGGAAGGAUUAGAUGACUUAGCAGCUUGCAACCACCUACGAAGCUACAAGUAUUACGCCAGCAGUAUCCUCAACCCCGAUGACUUCCUGGGCUACCCCUGCACCUCAUACAAUGAGUUCAAAAAGAAUGGCUGUUUCCCUUGUCCAACCAAAGGAUGCCCUAGAAUGGGACACUAUGCUGACCAAUUUGAUGCCAAGACUGCUGCUGUGCAUCAGACCUUUUAUCUGAACACAGGCGAUCGUAAUGACUUUACUAGUUGGAGAUAUAAAAUAUCUGUUAUACUGUCUGGGCAAAAGCAACUGAGAGGACAAAUCAAUAUUAUUUUGCAUGGAAACAAUGAACAGUCAAGACCACAUGAAAUUUUCAGUGGAUCCCUCAGCCCAAAUGCAAGGCACAUGAAUAUCAUUGAUGAGGACAAAAAUAUUGGAGAAAUCCUAAAGGUUUUUUUCCUCUGGAAAAAUGGGCCAAUGCCCUCCCGAACCCAUCUAGGGGCUUCUCAAGUCACCGUGGAAAGCGGAGAUAGGACUGAGUAUAAUUUUUGCAGUACAGAGACGGUGCCUGCAAAUACCUUACAGCCUCUUCUCCCUUGUUAAAAGCCUGGGACAGCACUUGUCUCUAUGGUAAUAAAAUGUUUUACUGCACUUGG